AUGGACAGGAGACCACGAUUUGGCUGGUCCGGCGGUUACGGCGGACGAGGCCCUAUCUCGCCUUUCGCCUCGAACCUUGGUCACGAUGGGCAGCCGCCUGAUAUUAUGGACGAGGACUUUAGCUACAUUACAUCUCAGGACCUUGAGAACCACAACAUUGAUCGAUCGCGAUACUACGAUCCGCGCGCCAGCAACCAACGCAUGGGUCGGUCAGAGCCGUCCCUCGAGAUACCCGACGAUGACAUAGUUCUCAUCAAGCACCGGGGAAUCACAUAUCCCGAACACUUCCCCGCCUACUCCAUCGGCGACGGCAAGCUGAUCGCCGGCGACAUCCGUGACCGCGCCCAGCUGGUAAUGAAGCUGUCCAACAGGCAAACCAACAACCUCAAGAUGUACUACAAGGGCAAGCAGCUCAAGGAUGAUGAGGAGCCCGUGUGCAACUACGGUGUCAAGAACAAGAGUGAAAUCAUGAUUGUGCUGCCCGAAGACGACGUAGACGUCGGCGGCGGUAGGAGCAGCAGCGAGACGAGCGAGGAGAUUGUGGUGGUGCAGGGCGAGGACACCGAUAGCAGGAGCGGGAAGAAGAAGAGCAGGCGCAGCCGGAAGAAGCACCGGGACCCUAGCCCCCGCGAGAGCAGCUCCAGCGUCGGACUGUCGGUACCCGAGCCAGAGCAGAGGAGGCAGCGGGCACCAUCCGUCAGCAGGAUGCGGUCGCCAGAGCGCCCGGCCACUGGCACCACCAUCGCCGUGCCCAGGCCCCCAUUAAUCCCAGCUGCGCCCAAUAGCGCCAUGGACAAGCUCAACAAGAUCCAAGAGAACUUUGAUGAGACCUUACGGCCUAUGUGUGAGCAGUUUGUGUCCAACCCACCAGAUGAUCCGAAGAAGUGUGUGGAGGAGUACCGCAAGAUCUCCGAGACGGUGCUGCAGAAGGUCCUCCUGAAACUGGACGAAAUCGACACGGGCGGUGACGACAGCAUCAGGAUGAGGAGAAAGGAGUUGGUCAAGUACGUGCAAGAGGUACUCAAGCCGGUGGACAAGUAUUCUCCCGAGGCCAAAUGA